AUGGUAAUAUCUAACUGUUUUGAUAAUCUAAGUAAUGAGUUAUUGUUUGAAAUAUUCGAUUAUUUAUCAUUCAAUGAUCUAAUUAAAUCCUUCUUUGGAUUAAAACAACAACUUAACAAUAUUAUUCAAGCUUAUCCAUCGAAGAUUGAUCUAUCGCAUAGAAUCGAUAAUAAUACUUUUCAAUAUGGAUCAUUUUGUUGUCAAUCAUUGAAAAUAUUUGGAAAUGAUCAACAUAAACUUCAGAUGAUAAUUUCAUAUUUAAACUUUGCAAAUCUUCAAGCUGUUACAUUUAGUUCGAUGAAUUUAACUAAUUUGAAAUUUCUUAUUGAGCAAUUACCCAUGAAACAACUUGAAUCGAUCAUAAUCACAGAUAUUAAUACGUAUCAUGAUCCGGAAUCGAUACAACAACAGAUUUGGUUAAUGAUCAUGACAUCUGGUCGUGAUUGUCUUCGAUAUUUGGAUGUACCGCAUGGAAUCUCUAAGUUUAACGUUAAACAGAUGCAAUUUGAUCUUUCUGUACUUGAACGUCUCAUCUUUAGAAGCAUUUCAAACAAUCAAACACUUGCUUUGAUGCAUUAUACACCUAACUUAUAUUAUUGCAAAAUUUAUCUACACGAUCGAAUGACAAAUCCUUCCGUUGUUGAUGUACGCCUUCUUAAACUCAGUCAUGUUUAUUUGACUAUUAACGUUGAUUGGUUAUUUGAAGAUUUCUGUCGAUUUUUCACCAUAAGUCCACAUUUAAAACAUUUGACAGUAGUACUUAAUGUCCAAGAAAAGUGUUUGGACGAAUCAUCUGCAUGGAAAACAUUGAUCGAGCUAUAUUUACCUGAUCUUAUUUAUUUUUAUCUUCAUUUUGAUGUUAAAGAAUAUCCUGAUCAUUAUAUAUAUCCAAGAUGUAAUCUGAGUUCGUUUAAUAAUGACGAAUAUUGGCUUCAACGACGACCUCAAUUUCAAGUUACACAAAAUGUUCAAGAAAUAUGUUUAU